ACUGCGCGACUUAUGGGGAGCUGACUGAAUGCAGCCGCCGCGUUUUGGAAGGGAAGAAAGGAGGCCGCCACGUUUCUGUUUGCAUCGCCCGGACAGCCGCCUGGGUUGUUUUUAUUUAUUUAUUUGCUACAGACUGAAUGAGGAUACUGACAGCAGCUGCUGUGGAGCUGAAAUCUCAUCUCUGCCAUCUUUGACUGCCCCCCUCCUGCUCCUCCUCAGCUCAAAGUAAACACGGCUUGCACACUGCGUGCAACUCCGUGCAGAAUCCCGAGGCAGGCGAGAUGGGUUCGGUGCGCGACAUCUGACCCGAUCUGUUCGCUUCAGAGCCGCAGAGGGGAGUGGACGCGACUCGUCAGAGACAUGGACCUGUUCGGGAUUUACCUGCUCCUCUGCCUCGCUCUCAUUCCCCGAUCCAGCUGCACCACGGCUAAGGAGAUCACCUGCCAGGAAAUAGUCGUACCCCUGUGCAAGGGGAUCGGCUACAACUACACCUACAUGCCCAAUCAGUUCAACCACGACACGCAGGACGAGGCUGGUCUGGAGGUGCACCAGUUCUGGCCUCUGGUGGAGAUCCAGUGUUCCCCGGACCUGAAGUUCUUCCUCUGCAGCAUGUAUACCCCGAUUUGUUUGGAGGACUACAAAAAGCCCCUUCCGCCGUGCCGGAGCGUGUGCGAGAGAGCUCGGUCCGGCUGCGCGCCGCUCAUGAGGCAGUACGGCUUCCCCUGGCCGGACAGGAUGAAGUGCGACCUGCUGCCGGUGCAGGGAACCCCGGAUACCCUUUGCAUGGACUACAACAGGACGGACUCCACCACGGUUUCCCCCGUGCUGUCAAAACCUACUAACCAUCCUGGGAAAAGUUCCAACCCGGCUAAAAAUAAGCCCGGCAGACCUGGAAAGUACAAGCCACCCGCCGCUCCAUGCGAGCCGGGCUGUAAGUGUUUGGAGCCCAUGGUGCCAGUGAACACAGACCGCCACCCGCUUUACAACCGAGUCAAAACCGGGCAGAUCACCAACUGUGCCAUGCCGUGCCACAACCCUUACUUUACGCACGAUGAGAGAGCUUUCACCGCAUUCUGGAUCGGACUUUGGUCCGUGCUGUGCUUCGUAUCAACUUUUGCAACCGUGGCCACUUUCCUCAUCGAUAUGGAGCGCUUCAAGUACCCGGAGAGGCCGAUUAUCUUCCUGUCUGUCUGCUACAUGUUUGUUUCGGUCGGCUAUAUCGUGAGGCUGGUCGCGGGGCACGAGAAGGUGGCCUGCAACCGGGAGUUUGAGCUGGAGCACAUCCACUACCAGACCACCGGCCCCGCGCUCUGCACCGUGGUCUUCCUCCUCAUCUACUUCUUCGGCAUGGCCAGCUCCAUCUGGUGGGUCAUCCUGUCCCUCACCUGGUUCCUCGCAGCUGGGAUGAAGUGGGGCAAUGAGGCGAUCGCCAGUUACUCCCAGUACUUCCACCUGGCCGCUUGGCUCAUUCCCAGCAUGAAGUCCAUCGCAGUGCUGGCGCUCAGCUCCGUGGAUGGAGACUCAGUGGCUGGGAUCUGCUACGUGGGGAACCAGAACUUGGACAACCUUCGUGGCUUUGUCUUAGCACCUUUGGUGAUUUAUUUAUUCAUCGGGACCAUGUUUCUCCUGGCUGGAUUCGUGUCACUGUUCAGGAUCCGCAGCGUCAUCAAGCAAGGCGGCACCAAGACUGACAAACUAGAGAAGCUGAUGAUCCGGAUCGGCAUUUUCACGGUGCUCUACACGGUGCCGGCGACUAUAAUUGUCGCCUGUUACUUUUAUGAGCAGCACAACAGACAGAGUUGGGAGAUUACGCACAACUGCUCCAACUGCCUGCUGGAGCGGGACCGCAGGAGCCCGGACUACGCGGUGUUUAUGCUCAAGUACUUUAUGUGCCUUCUGGUGGGCAUCACGUCUGGGGUGUGGAUCUGGUCUGGGAAGACUGUGGACUCCUGGAGGACUUUCUGCACCCGCUGCUGCUGGGGCAGCAAGGGCACCGGGGGCUCCAUGUACAGUGACGUGAGCACGGGGCUGACGUGGAGGUCGGGCACGGCCAGCUCCGUGUCCUGCCCCAAGCAGAUGCCGCUGUCCCAGGUCUGAAUGUGGAGGGGUGCACGAUGGGGGGUAAAAGCAGCUUAUGGGGGACUGCUAAUUGUUUGGGAGAUAACCCAUCACAUGGUGUCUGAAACAAUUUGCAUUGUAAUGAACUGCUGCUGAGCUGUACCUGGCAUUCACACCAAUCAAUUCCCUCUUGUUUGUAUGUAUUAGACAGGGCCGGCCCAAGGUUACAAGAGGCCCAAAGCAGAAUUUCGUUUUAGGGGGCCCAUGAAAUGAUCACAGUUAUUAUGCCCUUGGAUGAGUUGAAGCGACUUGGGUAAAGUUUAAAGUUUUUAUUGCAAACAAUCACAUAAAAUUAAAAUAUUACACAUUGAUAUAGUAACAAAAAGUCACAGCAAGCAUGAAGUUGCAGAAAUUAGUACAUUUGCUUGUAGAAAAUGACUCUGUUUAUACAACUGUUAAAUUAUUAAAGUUUUCGCAAACCCGUUCUUUGUAUAUUCAAGUGCUGUUGGGACCCUCCUAGUUUGCAAUACCUUGGGUCGGCUCUGGUGUUAAAGAUGCAGGCUGAGCAAACUGGGUAUUACUUGCUUAGUGUAAGCAUUUUGUAAAACCAUUUUAUCUACUUUCUGGUAGAUAAAAAUGCAUAAUUUAAUCACAGAAAAAAAAAGGGGGGGGGGGGGGGGGGGUAAAUUAAAGCCUUAAUCAUGCCCACGUACUUUUUUUUUUUUUUUUUUACGGGUCCUUCAUUUUGUAAUUUCAGAUGUAUUUAUAUAAGAGCUAAUGUAAAAUAAAACUGUGUAUAUUUGUGUAUAAAGGAAACCUUUAUAAGAUAUUGUAAAUGUGUACAAAGUGUAGAGAUGCCUCUUUUUUCUGACAAAGCAAAUAUGAUCUUUAUUUUGACAAUAAAACAUUGGAUAAAUCUCAA